CUUCCUUGUUGUGUAGUGCAAAUUAUUUUAUUUUUGCUGCUGUAAAGAUCACGGGUCUUCCUCAACUUGGCACUUCAACUCUGCACUGACGUUUACCAAAGUAACCCGAUCUCUGGCUGGCCUGAGUUCCUUCUUCAUCCACGGAGUGUCUCGUCCAAGCCGCUCCUUUUUGCUCUUCGUCUGGCUGUCAGUGGCAGCUCAAUAAUCCCCAACCCGCUCUCUCAAUCGACCUCAACACCCAAUCUACUCACACGUGCAAAUACUCACAUUCAGAUUUACAUAUACGCUGUCCCUCUCUCCCCUUACCUUCAUUGGGCUCUAUUUACAUUUGUCAGAGAAAAUGACAAUUUUCGUGGUAUUGCUUUGUGCACUGACUUUAACGAGAUCUGGAGAAAACGAACAUUGUCGCUGGGACGGUGUGAAGUUUUGAGAAGACACCGAGUACCGGGGGAAGGCGACUGCAAAAGGCCAUGGCGACCGGAGAGAGUGGCGGAGAGAGCCUAGAGUCGUGGUUGAACAAGGCCACAGACCCAUCUAACUCAGAAGACCGGUGGGACUGUAUCCAGGGCUUCUAUGAACAGGUCAACCAGGAGGCUGAUGGUCCUCAGGUUGCCACUCGUCUCCUGGCCCACAAGAUCCAGUCUCCACAGCAGAGAGAGGCUCUGCAGGCCCUCACAGUUCUAGAAGCCUGCAUGAACAACUGUGGCAAGAGGUUCCACAGUGAGGCGGCAAAGUUCCGCUUCCUCAAUGAACUCAUCAAAGUCCUGUCUCCAAAGUUCCUUGGUCAGUGGAGUGGUGCGGAGGUGAAGCUGAGGGUGACGGAGGUUCUGUACAGCUGGACUUUGUGGCUCAAAGAAGAACCCAAGAUUCAGGAGGCCUACCGCAUGCUGAAGAAACAAGGCCUUGUGAAGAAGGACCCUAAACUCCCAGACACCAUUGUGAUGCCUCCUCCCUCACAGAGAGCUGAGGACUCUGUGUUCAACCAGGAGGACAAGGCCAAGUUGUUAGCCACACUCCUGAAGAGCAGUAGUCCUGAAGAUCUGCAGACAGCCAACAGACUGAUCAAGAACACCAUCAAAGAAGAGCAGCAGAAAAUGGAGCGUGUAUCUAGACGUGUCUCUACCCUGGAGGAGGUCGCUAGCAGAACCAGACAGCUGAGAGAGUUACUACGGCAACACUGUCUCACUGGGCCCUCCACACACCACACUGACCACCUGAAGGCCCUCUACGAGAGCUGUGAUAGGCUCAGACCCAACCUUUUCCGAUUGGCCAGUGACACUGUCGACGAUGACGAAGCUUUAGCUCAGAUCCUGCAGGCCAAUGAUGAGCUGACCCUGGUGGUCAACAUGUAUAAAGAUAUGAUGGGGGGGAGAGAGAGCAACAUGAUGAGAGGAGGAGGAGGAGAGGGCUCCAUAAACAACGGUCCCAGCAGCCCCAGAGAGAUAAAGAGUUACCAUCUAAUAGACCUGUCGGCCCUGGACUCUCCACAGACACAUGGACCACCUUCUAAAGACAUGUCUUCCUCCGUCUCACCUCCCCACCACGUCUCCUCCUUCCUGUCCUCCUCCCCCUCUACCUCCCAGCCUCGGCUUGGCACCCCUCCUCCCUCUUCCUCCCCUCCCUCCUCUCCUCUCUCCUGUCAACGGCUCAACAGUACUCUCCUAUCUCUAAUCGAUCUGGACGUGACAGGGCUGGAUAAACCAGCAUCGUCUCAAAGCCAGAGCAGCACGUACUACCAUGAAGUACUCCAGAUGAGAGGAGGAGAGGAGAACACAGGGAGAGACCAUUCCCUGACCACGUGGGUGUGUGGAGGGAGAGACCACCCACUGGUAGCCCGGGGUUGCGGCACUGGCUCGUCAAAUGGGACUGACUGGGCGUUCCUUCAGAAUCGUCCAAUUGUGAUGUCAGGAUCACCAUCAAACUCACAGAGUCAGCCAAUGACAGAGUCAGGAUCUCCAGUGAAAUCAGAGAGCUUCAAUCUCCCAGAAUCCUUAGCAGAGAUCCACGUCCCGCUGGAAUCCAUUAAACCAAGUCGAUUGGAGCCGAUCACAGUGUACGACCAGAAUGGCGUCCAUGUUUCCCUCCAUUUUGCCAAAGACCCGCCCCUGGGACACCCUAACGUUGCUGUGGUUAUCGUCUCCACGGUGAACACCUCCGCACUUCCUGUUAAAGACAUCCUGUUUCAGGCUGCUGUUCCCAAGACCAUGACAGUGAAGCUCCAGCCGUCUUCAGGGAAUGACCUCCCCUCCUACAACCCUCUGCUUCCCCCUGCUGCCCUCUCUCAGAUACUGCUCCUCUCCAACCCACACAGGCGUAAGGUACGUCUGCGCUACAAGCUGACCCUGGUCCACGGUGAUGGAGAGCAGAGCCUCAGUGAGAUGGGAGAGGUGGAGGACUUCCCUGACUGGGUCUCCUGGAUGGGCCUCUGAUCUGAGAGAACCCUGCAUGGAAUUCUACAACCUGACCGAGAGAGAUAGACAUUCUAGAAACUGAGAGAGAGAUAGACAUUCUAGAAACUGAGAGAGAGAGACAUUCUGGUACCUGAUAGAGAAAGGUUCUGCGGCAGAAUGUGGAACCCUCUGCGAUCGCUGCCUUGACCGCUGCCAUCCUUGGAGGUUCUUAAAAAUAGAUAUUUAUUUAGUAUUUGAAGUAGGCUCUGGGAGACCAGUCUAGUGUUAGGUGUGGGUGUGUCCAUGUGUGUGUUCUUCUGUUUGUCUGAUUGACCCGGCUUUGCCAACUCCAUGCCAAAUGACCCACCUGGGUUACGUUUCUCCACCUUUUUAUACCAAACUAGACCAGGUGAACCAGGUGCCUCUGCUACUGACAUGUUGUUCACCUGGCUCCUGUGUGAGCUGCUUGUUGUGUUUUUGUUCAAAGUCUGAUUUGAUUGAUUGAUGCCUCAGAUACUACACUCUGAAAUCUGUGAUCAAUAAAACAAAGAAUGCUGUUCUUA